AUGGAGCCCCGGCUGUGGCGGCUGGCGCUGCUCCCAGUCCUGGCUGCAGGCGGAUUCCUCAGCGCUCCCAAAAUUCCCGUCCUUGGAAUCAUCGGGGACAGGGUGGUCCUGCCCUGCCAGGUGGGAUCCACGCCCAUUCCCGAGGAUUUCUCCGUCCGUUGGACAUUCCACGGCCAAUCCCAGCGGAUCCCCGUGGGCAGCUACGACGGGAAGGGCCGGGGCGAGGAGCCGGAUGAGCGGUACCGGGGCCGGGCGGAACUUUUCCACAGGGAAUUCCGAGCCGGGAACGUGUCCCUGCUCCUGAGGGACGUCCGGAGCUCCGACCAGGGCUCCUACGGCUGCCAGGUCUCGUUCCAGGACGAAUCCCGGGAAGUGCUGGUGGAGCUGGAAGUGGCAGCCCUCGGAGAAGCUCCGUCCGUGAUCCUGCGGGGCCCCGAGGCGCGGGGCCUGGGCCUCUCGUGCCGCGCCUCCGGCUGGUUCCCGCGGCCGGAGCUGCUCUGGCUGGACGGCCGCGGCAACGUCCGGCGCGAGCCCACGGCCACCGCGGCCACGGUGAGCGCCGGGGGCCUCUUCAGCGUCGAGGGUUCCGUGCGGAUCCAGCCGGGAUCCGACCUGGAGAUCUCGUGCCGCGUCCUCAACCGCCGGCUCAACGCCUCCCGCGCCUCCCGGAUCCGCAUCCACGGGAAGCGCAAAGUGAAGGCGCUGCUGGCAAAAAUCCAAUUCAAGAAACGCUUGGGCCAGCUGAAAGCGGAGCUGGAUUUCUGGGAAGCGCGGAGCCACGCGGCUCCGGUGGCGCUGGGUCCCGAGGCGCGGCCGCUGCCCCUCGGGGACGCGCGGGAUCCGCUCCCGGUGGCGGCGCUGGUGGCGCGGGACGAGCUGCGAGCCGGGAAGGGCUACUGGGAGGUGGAGCUGGGCCAGCAGCGGAGCUGGGCCCUGGGCGUGCUGCGGGGUCCCCGCGAGCCCCGGGACCCGCGGGAUCCCCGGGACCCACGGGAUCCCCCCGAUCCCCGGGACCCGCGUGAUCCCCGGGACCCACGGGAUCCCCCCGAUCCUCGGGACCCGCGGGAUCCCCGGGACCCACGGGACCUCCCCGAUCCCCGGGACCGGCGGGAUGCCCGGCAUCCCCACGACCCUCUGGAUCACCCCAAUCCCCGUGAUCCCCUCGAUCCCCGCGACCCCCGGGAUCCCCUCGACCCCCUCGAUCCCCGCGACCCCCGGGAUCCCCUCGAUCCCCGCGAUCCCCCGCAGCUCUGGGCUCUCUGCGCAUCCCGGGGCCGCCUCUUCUCCGUCUGCCGCGCCCUCGGGGAGCAUCCCCGGGAUCUCUCGCUGCUCAGAGAGAAUCCCCGGGAUCUCUCGGUGCUCAGAGAGAAUCCCCGGGAUUUCUCGGUGCUCAGAGAGGAUUCCCGGGAUCUCUCGGUGCCCGGGGAUCAUCCCCGGGAUCUCUCGGUGCUCGGGGUGCUCCUGGACCGGGAGAAGGCGCGGCUGGAAUUCUACGACGCGGAGCGGAGGGAGCCGCUGGCCGGGAUCGCCCUGGGGGAUCCCGCGGGAAGCUUCUUCCCAUUCGUGUCCCGAGGGGAGGAGGGGGCGCUGCGGCUCCGCCCGGUGCCGCUCCCGGUGCCGCUCCCGGUGCCGCUCCCGGUCCCAGAGCCGGUGCCGGUGUCGGUGCCGCUCCUGGUCCCGGUCCCGGAGCCGGUGUCGGUGCCGCUCCCGGUGCCGGUGUCGGUCCCGGUCCUGGUCCCGGUCCCGGAGCCGGCGCCGGUACCAGUGCCGGUCCCGGUGUAG